AACAAAUUAUCACAUGUGUAAUUGUAAAUGUGUUUUUGAUAAACGUUUUUAAGAUUUUAAUCGAAAUUUAAUAAUGUCUGAUCUACCAGACCUUAGCAGUGACGAAGAAAACUACGAAGAUGAUGAUUGGCAAGAGAUGGAGACGAGUAAUACAUUGGUAACCUGUUUAUUUUGCACCGACGUGUUCCCUUCAGUGGAUGCUGGAUUUAACCAUUGUGAAAUAGUUCACCAUUUAAAUUUAAGCAAUUUAAAAAUAAAACUCAACAUGGAUUGCUACUCUUAUAUUAAAAUGAUUAAUUACAUCAAAACCCACAAGCCUAAACCAGAGGAUAUUAUAAGUUUGACUGAGAGCCCCUGGGAGGACGAACAGUAUUUAAAACCUGUGGAGAACGACGAGUGGUUGAUGUUUGACUUCGAGUCGUUGACCGAGAAACCGAAUUCUCCUAAGACCUACCAUGCUAAUGUGGAAAAUGGCUUGGUCACACUAUCACAAACUCAUUUCAUUGAGCUACAGCGAACUAUUCAAACAUUAACUGCUCAGAUUAAUGAGAGUCAAAUGCAUCUUGAAAUGGCUAAAGAAGAUAUUAGGAAAAUGCAGGAUUCCAUGAAGAGCAUAGUUGAUGGUGGGCAUUCAAACAGCAAUGGUGAUGAAAAAAGUAAAUAUGUUGUGAAUUGUGUAUCUAAAGUGGCAUUAGAAGAUGAUGAAGGAUAUUUUAACACAUACGCUCACUUUGGUAUUCAUUAUGAUAUGCUCUCAGACAAAGUGCGUACAGAAAGUUACAGAGAUGCCAUCUUGAAUAACAAAGAUACAAUAAAAAAUAAAAUAGUGUUAGAUUUAGGCUGUGGCACAGGUAUUCUCUCAAUGUUUUGUGCUACCGCAGGGGCUGAGAAAGUUUUUGCUUUGGAUCAAUCGGAGAUUAUAUACCAUGCAAUGGAUAUCAUAAGAGAGAAUAAUUUACAAAAUGUCAUCAAAACAGUGAAAGGUAGACUAGAGAACACAGAUCUGGAGGAGAAAGUUGAUAUUAUUGUGUCUGAGUGGAUGGGAUAUUUUUUGUUGUUUGAAGGCAUGUUAGAUAGUGUUAUCUAUGCGAGGGACAAGUGCCUCAAGCCUGGAGGUCUAUUGUUACCUAAUAGAUGUAAUAUAAGCCUGGUUGCCAAUGGUGAUACUGACACACACAAUAAAUUGAUAAACUUUUGGUCUGAUGUAUAUGGUUACAAAAUGAAUUGUAUGAAAUCUGAGGUAGUCAGAGAAGCAAGCGUGGAUGUCGUCAGUUCCAAACAUGUCAUAUCUGACGCUUUUGUUAUAAAAGAGAUAGACAUUAUGACUUGUGAUAUAAGUGUUAUGGAUUUUACGUCUGAGUUCCAGCUUGUUAUUACAAAGGAUGGUCAUCUAACAUCACUUAUUGGCUAUUUUGAUACUUUCUUCGACCUUCCCAAUAAAGUCUCUUUUUCCACAGGGCCUGGCGCUACGCCCACGCAUUGGAAACAAACUGUAUUUUAUUUUAGAGAUUGUAGGGCAGUAAAACAAGGUGAUGUCAUACAAGGCACUAUCACAUGCAAUAGGCAAAAGUCUGAUGUAAGAGCACUUUCAGUCCAAAUUAAUAUGUUUGAUAAGAGCCACAAGUACAUUCUGAGCUAAUGCAUUGCAUUUGUAUAAAAUAUUUUCUGUCAAAUUACAGUGUUGUCACUGAGUCAUUCAAAUGUGUCUAUAAUUCCGUAAGAGAGAUUGUCAUAGUUUUAUAACGGCUGAUGUACUACAUUGUCUGUUCAUAACCUUCCAAGUUUCCAACUUUUUAAUGUUUAAAUAAUAUUGGAUUUUAUAAGUAAAUGUUUCUAAUAUUAGUGCCCUUUGUACUAACCAUCAAAAAAUCAACUCCAUUUUUUUGC